ACUUGGUUCUUAGAGGAACGAUACUCGAAGAAAGUCAAGUUCUUGCUGUCGUUAACGCCUGGGCUGGCACUCGAAAAGUGUCUGGCAGUCAGCUCUUCUCAUGGAGAGUCUCCGUCCAAAGUACCCGCCGACAUCGAUGGCCAGUCGGUCCGGAUGCCCAUGAGCCAAUUUGAAUUGAUGACCGCAGCUAAGGACAUCUUGUCUGCUCUCGUACAAUUGGAACGAGAGUGCAUCCAAAUCACACGCACUCCAGGCAAAGUCGCAGGGCCCAACAAUGAUGUGAAUAAGCCCCGAUUGAAGGCUAUCGGCUCCGAACGUGAUCGUCUCCUAGUCAAGAUUCAUGACCAGCUUAUUAACAACCCUCACCCAGCUGCACGUUCUGCUCAAAAGAAACUGGCGGCGAAAUACGAUAUGACGCGGAUGAGAAUACGAGCCAAAAGGUAUGAUCGGAACAAUGCCCUAGAGACAACCGAGCUCGAGACACCGAAGAAGUCACUUAAUGAGCCACUUAAUGAGCCAUUCCCUGAAUUGGACGAGAUAUUCAAGAUGAUAUUUGAAGUCUGGGAGAGACUCAAUAACUACUUCGACAAAGCGUCUGAUGAGCCUAGUUACCCUACCAUUCUGGAUGAAUUGUGCCUCGAAUUUCCCCACGCCGUACGGCACUUAUGUACAACCAUGCCGUGGACGAUUUGGCCAGCUCUGAUAGUACUAUGGGGUGUCUGUUGGAUGUUUAAGCCAUCCGUGACGGAAACCAUGAUGUACAGUAGUCGUUCGUAUACCCCGGCGUACCUCUCAAGCUCAGAGUGGGAUUUUGAAUCCUCACAACCGGAGCCCAACAGUAUUUUUGACCAUCAGGAUCCGCACCUGCUUGAUUUCGACCCCAAUCCAUCCUGGUUCGAAAGUGAUAGCAUGGGAUAUGGAUAUGAGCCUCCGAAGAUUGAUGACUUUGGGUCACACAGUAGUGACAGGGUUAUGGAGACAUCCGAUCAUAUUGCUGUCCCUGAUGCCACCCUGCUUCAAGAUUCCUCCCCGGACUACCGUCAAGGCUCUACCCAAGAUGAGAACACAUCGUCCGAAAAUUAUUCUAGUUGUGAAGGAGAGAGCAGCAACCCCUCGGCUUCUGACAUGUACAAUAUGGCACCAAGCCAUCCUUCAAGGUAG